UACCACGACCCUCCACGCACUAUCCACGACGCGCGCAGUUUACACGUCGCGACGUAAAUCAACCCAUUAACCAAGAACCGCCCUAUCUGCGCUACAAGAUGUCUUUCUUCCGAGGAGGCUCCAACCCCCCGCCACCAGGCCCAGGGAACUACAACUCGUUACCGAACGGUCCUCGCCGGGUCCCACCUUCAUCCCAGUACGAUUCGCGAGGAGCAUCACCGCAAUCGAUGCAAAAUCGUGCACCGCCCUCGGGGUAUAACGAUCCCCCGAAUGGCUCGUUCGAGAAGCGCGGAUACGGUAGGCCGCCACCGCCAUCGUCCGGAGGAGGAGGAGGCAGCUUCGGGGUCGAAGGGUCCACCUCAAACGGCCUCGCACUGACGAAUCGACUGAUAGUGCAUCCGUCAGACUUCCAGGCGGGCGAGCAUCUCCUGUGCAACGGACAGUUCCCGGUGACGACGAUCCAUGACGACACAGGGAAGCUGCGAUCAGGGAGCGUCGGCGUGUCUGCGAUGCACCGCCAAUGGAUCGGACUCGCGGUGCAGGGCGACAAGGUAUCGCUCGACCCCUGCCCACAGCCCGACUACCUGCAGUCGCUGGACCUCGAGAUGGCGUACUUCCGCAAGACGGACACGAGCCAGCAGUUCUCCGCGGACGACCUCGCGCGCAACUUCGUCAAGGCGUACAGCGGCAUCGUCAUCGCGACCGGCGAAUGGCUCAUCUUCGACUUCCACGGGCAGACGAUCCGGGUCAUGGUCAAGGGGCUGUCCGUCCUCGAGCUCGCGGAGCCGCAGCAGCAGCGCGGAGGCCGGCGCGCGGACAUGGGUCCCGAUCCGCGCACGUACGGCAUCCUGAUGGAAAAGACGGACGUGACGGUCAUGAAAUCGGCCGAGGCGAAUGGGCUCAACAUCAAGGCGAGCGGGAAGAAGGCGCCCCCGAAUGCGAUCCUGGCGCCGAACUUCAAGUUCGAGGACAUGGGUAUCGGUGGAUUGGACACGGAGUUCAACGAGAUCUUCCGUCGCGCGUUCGCCUCGCGUGUUUUCCCGCCAGGGCUUGUGGAGAAGCUCGGUAUCACCCACGUCAAGGGUCUGCUGCUGUACGGUCCCCCAGGCACGGGAAAGACACUGAUUGCACGGCAAAUUGGGAAGAUGCUCAAUGCUCGGGAACCCAAAAUCGUCAAUGGCCCUGAGAUUCUGAGCAAGUUCGUUGGUGCUUCCGAAGAGAACAUCCGAAAGCUCUUUGAGGAUGCUGAGAAGGAGUACAAAGCGAAGGGUGACGAGAGCGAGCUGCACAUCAUCAUUUUCGAUGAGCUGGAUGCCAUCUUCAAGCAGCGUGGGUCUACUAACAACGGCACUGGUGUGGGCGACACCGUGGUCAACCAACUUUUGUCCAAGAUGGAUGGUGUCGACGCACUGAACAAUAUUCUGAUCAUCGGUAUGACAAACCGAAAGGACAUGAUUGAUGAGGCCUUGUUGCGUCCCGGCCGUCUCGAGGUGCACAUGGAAAUCUCGCUUCCCGACGAGCACGGCCGUCUGCAGAUUCUCACUAUCCACACGGCGAAAAUGAGGACAAACAGAGUGAUGGACGACGAUGUGGAUUUGCCCGAGCUGGCGUCCAUGACCAAGAACUUUUCCGGUGCCGAGAUCAACGGCCUCGUGAAGAGCGCGACCAGUUUUGCAUUCAACCGGCACGUGAAAGUGGGCACGAUGGCGGGAAUCAGCGACGACGUUGAGAGCAUGAUGGUCAAUCGAAGCGACUUUAUGCGGGCACUGGAUGAGGUACACCCGGCGUUCGGUGUGUCUGAAGAAGAACUGCAGUCGGUCAUCCAGAACGGGAUCAUCCAGUUCGAUGGGAACGUGGCCGAGCUGUUGCGCUCUGGUGCGUUGCUGGUGGAGCAGGUUCGCACGUCGACGCGUGCUCCGAUGGUCAGCAUGCUUGUCCACGGUCCUCCUGGUGCUGGCAAGACCGCGCUGGCGGCUGCCAUUGCGCAAGAGUCCGGGUUCCCGUUCAUCAAGCUCAUCACGCCAGACAACAUGGUCGGAAUGGGCGAGGCGCAGAAGAUCUCCGCCAUGGCCAAAGUCUUUGCUGACAGCAACAAGAGUCCCUUCAGUGUCGUUGUCAUCGACAACAUCGAGCGACUUAUCGAAUGGUCACCGAUGGGCGCGCGUUUCUCUAACUCACUUCUCCAGGCGCUGAUGGUCCUGGUUGGCCGGCGACCGCCGAAGAACCGCCGACUGCUGGUGAUCGCCACGACCUCCAACCGCGCGAUCCUCACCGACCUGGGCUUCGUCGACUUUGAUGUGACGAUGCGUGUCCCGCCGAUCACGUCUCUCGCCGCCGUCGAGCACGUGAUGCGGGAGGUCGAGCUGUUCGACUCGGACGCGCAGUACCGCGACCUGAUGCACAUGCUGCGCGAUGCUGGAUUCGACCAGAAGGCGAAUGACCCCACGUCGCGGCUGCAGAUUGGCAUCAAGAAGCUGCUCAGUCUGAUUGAGAUGGCGCGGCAGGAGCCGGACAACGUGGCGGAGAGGUUCUUGACUGCUUUGAUGGAACUAGAUCUGUAAUUGCGUAGCAUAGUAGUGUAUGUAGUGUGAAUGUAGAUAUGGGGACUUUUCCAUGCGAAGCGAGCCAUGCAGCGCGUACGUUCUAUAUAUGCGAUUCGA